UAAACAAAACACCUCAGACGUGUGUUAGUUACUCUUACUCCUUCGAGACUGCUGCGCUCCUUAUCAUGUCAAGAAGACUUGUAGCCAUUGCUGUGGAUUCCAGCGAAUACAGCGAGAAGGCAUUUGAUUGGUUUAUGACAAAUGUUUACCAUGAUGGCGAUAAACUGCUUGUAAUACACUCGCAUGAACUGCCGACCCCGGCUAUGCCUCAUAUGAUGGCUACCGAUGCAUGGCACAGUGAGGUUGUGAAACACCAAAAUACCAUAAAAGAACUGGAGAAGAAAUAUGAGAAAAAAUGUAAAGACUUGAAGCUGUCAGCAAAGAUUGUUGUACAAGCUGGCUCUCCUGGACAGACGAUCUGUGCGGUUGCCAAGAAGGAGGAGGCCACUUUUGUUGUGAUUGGCAGUCGCGGUGCGGGAACAGUUCGCCGCACCAUAUUAGGAAGUGUGAGCGAUUAUGUAGUUCACCAUGCCCACGUACCAGUGGUAGUGGUACCAAAGGAAUAGAGCAAACAGACUUCUCCUAGUACCCCUCUAAAGCGAAUUAACUAUAGAUGCGCUUCGGAACCUGUUUCAUUUUUAUCUUAAACUUUUGUAAAAAGUAAACCGAUCGAGCGAGAACGACAGAGUUUAGAAUCGAAUGAAUGUGGUCUUUUAUGGCCUGAUUGAACUCACUUCGCGGAAUGGAAAUGCUCUUCAAGUCUGUAGAGGUCGCACAGUAACCAAGAUGUUUUGGUUAAUUAAGGAACUGUAAUAAAAAUAUGUAGGCAUUUAUCAGUAAAGAUUUGUACUGUAAAUUAAAACGCGUUCUUCAAAAACCAAA